AAGCACGUAAUACUCGCACUGAGCUAGCGGUUUUGUCUACUUUUGCGUUGUUGAUAGUAUCUCGAAGAAACAGUUUGAUGAAACAUAACAAGGAGAAAGGUUUGAGUGUGAGAUAGAAAAUUUGCGACUUCAUGUUUCUCAUGCUUCGGAGUCGUUGCUACUUUACGGCUUUCCUUCAUUUUUUCACACGACCAUGGCAGCAUUUCGCAUCGAAUGUGCGACAAACCACAAUUUUGAUACCAAGCAAUUCAAGCAACUUGUAGUACUGUUCCAAGAGUUGUCUUCAGCUGCAACCGAAGAGACUGUACGCGGUGCGUUAGACUCGCCACAAAAUAGAGUGCUCGUCGCCAUUCUUAAUGAUGAUGCCGCUCCUACUCCGUCAUCCAUUGCUGGUGCCCUCACUGUGGCCAUGACGCCGUGUGCUUCGGGAAUCCGCGUUCAUAUUGAAGACGUUGUCGUUAGUACACGUUGGCGUCGCCAAGGAAUAGCAACCCUAUUACUUAAAGAAGCAAUCCAACGCGCCACCCAUGAAUUCCAUGCAAGAACAAUUGAUUUGACAAGCAGACCGGUUCGAGACGCUGCAAAUAAUCUGUACCGAAAAUUGGGUUUUGUACAAAGGGAAACUAAUGUUUACAGAUAUGAAUUGGAACAUAAGCAAUAAUAGCAACAUCAUUGUAAUGUGAAAAUGACGAUGUUAUGGGUUCGAGGUGUUAAUCAUGGGCUUCGGACGUUCCAAUUCAAAAUCUAUGACUCAGAAUAAGAGAGCGAUGCAGCCAACGCUUCAACUAGAAAAUAUGGAUGAGGAUUGAAUGACAUUAAUAACAAAUUGAUGCGUUUGUAAUAUAUAAUAAUACUUACACCAUGG